GCGCGCUUCGGUAAUGAACGUAACCGCUCGAGAAUUCCGUCCGGAACGAUGCAUUAGAUCAUCAUCACGGGAGUGAAAAGGAGAGGAUAUAGCGGGCGGUCGGGCAGGAAGUGAAACUAUAACUCAUCCACCUCCCCAAACCCCUCCGAAUCCGGUGAUUACUCCAGCGUGUGACGUGCAUGGAUAACGUGAUUCUGAAUAAAUAGUGCACAAAAAAUUGAAAAAAUUAAAUCGGAAAAAUGCAAAACAUGUGGAUAAUUUUCCUGAUCAUUGGAUUGGUGGUUUUCGGACUGCUGGUUCUUCUAAUUAUAGCGGCGCGGUAUCAACGCGAUUACUGGCGCUAUCUGAACAUUCCGCACGAGAGGCCCAAAAAGCUAUGGCCCAUUAUUAGGCAAAUAAUGACGCAGACCCUGAGCACGGAUUCCAUGAAGGCGAAGCACUAUGGCGACAUCUACACCAAGUUCAAGGGCAGCGGUCCGUUCUGUGGCUUCUACGCUUUGCUGCAGCCCCGGGCCUUGAUCCUUGAUCGGGAGCUGAUACGCCAGAUCAUGAUCAAGGACUUUUGGAACUUCAAUGAUCGCGGCAUGUAUUGCAACCAAAAGUCGGAUCCCCUUUCUGGGGACCUCUAUGGCCUGAGGGGCGAGAGCUGGAAGGAGAUGCGCCAGAAAUUGGAUCCCAGUUUCGAGGGGGAUCGCAUGUCCUGGCUGUAUGGGUGCCUGUACGAGGAAGCGGAGCAACUGCUUCUCACCGUCAGCACUACCUUGAUGAAGCAGCCUCAUUCCACCAUUCACAUCCAGAAGAUCAUGCGGCGGUACGUCCUCUCUGCUCUGGCUAAGUGUGUCUUCGGGUUGGACGCCCAGCAGAGGCUCAAGUAUCCCUUCGAAACGUUCGAGCAAAUGACGGAGAUGGCCCUGAAUAGUCACAAACACGGUUACCUCAUGAACCUGAUGAUGAUCCGGUUUCCGAACUUUUGUCGGCUGUUGCGCUUUCGACGCACUCCCAAGCCGGUGGAGGAGUACUUCCUGGGUGUGUUGACCGAUAUUGUGGAGCAGCGAGAGAACUCCGGCGUCCAGAAGCAAGACUACCUGCAGCUUCUGGUGGGGGUUAAGGCCCAGGAGCUGAUCACCCACAAGUACGAGGCGGACAAGGAGCUAAAGAUACAUCUUCAGAAUGAACUGGCUGCCCAUGCGGUUGUCUUUCUCAAGGCAGGAUACGAACAGACAGCCAAUGCACUAUCCUACGUGCUGUAUGAGCUGGCCCGACACCCGGAGCAACAGACCAGGGUCCGGGAGGAGGUCAAGAAGGCCACGGAGCGGCACGCUGGCAAUCUCAGCUAUGAGUGCAUCCAGUCGCUGACCUUCUUGGGUCAGGUGAUCCACGAAACCCUUCGGAUGCACCCCAUUACCCCUUAUAUUAUGAGACGUACACUCAACAAUUAUCCGGUACCGGACCACCCGAAAUACGUCCUGGUCAAGGAGCUGUUCCUCAUCAUUCCCACGCAUGCCAUACACCAUGAUCCAGACGUCUACCCGGACCCGGAAGAGUUCAAGCCGGAUCGCUGGUCCGGGCCGAGAGACUCUCUGCAGGAGCAGGGCACCUGGUUCGGCUUUGGAGUGGGAGCUCGAAGCUGUAUUGGCAUUCAGUUUGCCCAAAUACAAUUGAAGUUGGCUCUGGCCCUGUUACUAUCCGAAUAUGAAUUCACCUUGAACUCCCGGAAGCCUCUGGUUGACCUGGAGGAUGGAAUAGCGUUGACCCUGACGCCCCUGGGUGUGAUAGAGCCGGGAAACGAGGAGCGGGCAGUGUAAGCUAGAAGUUUGUGGCAUAAGCCGAGUCUCUAGAAUCCUCUUUAAAAUCUUACUCACUUCCGUUUAAUUCAAAUUUAAUUAAAUGAGCAGUUUGCAACCAAAAAAGGCAACUCAUUCGUAAACAAAAAAUAUAUACACAUAAAAAAUCAAAUAGAGAUGAAGUUUAUGCCAAAAAAAGC